AUGGUGGCCGCGGCCGGAGACUCCACGGCUGCCCCGGGCCAGGCCCCGCCCCGUCACGUGGACGCCUGCCCCGCCCCCUCCGGGUCCCGCCUCGUCCCCUCCCCCUCGGAUCCUGCGGGCCAGGCAGAGGCUCCGCGGGGAGACCCCGAGCUGGGGUGGCGGGUGAGUGCGCGGCAGGCGCAGCAGGACCCUGGGAUUGAGUUCAACCGGGUGGGACCCCAGGACCCUCCUGAUGCCCAGCACCUAGCCCCUGACCCCAUGCUCAUCUCGCCCACAGUGCUCCUCAGUGGGGACUCUGGCAUGGCAGGGCCAGCGUCCUGCUGCUCCGUGGCCACCCUGCGAAGAUGGCUGCCCAUCCUGUCGUGGCUCCCCCACUACUCCGGUCAGUGGUUGAAGAUGGAUCUCAUUGCCGGGCUGUCAGUCGGGCUCAUGGUCAUUCCUCAGGCACUGGCUUAUGCCGAGGUGGCUGGACUCCCACCUCAGUACGGCCUUUACUCAGCCUUCAUGGGGUGCUUUGUGUACUUGGUCCUGGGCACCUCCCGCGAUGUGACCCUGGGCCCCACUGCCAUCAUGUCCCUCCUGGUCUCCUUCUACACCUUCCACAAGCCUGCCUAUGCCGUGCUGCUGGCCUUCCUGUCCGGCUGUGUCCAGCUAGCCAUGGGCUUUCUGCAGCUUGGCUUCCUUCUGGACUUCAUUUCCUGCCCGGUCAUCAGAGGCUUCACCUCUGCCGCCUCUGUCACCAUUGCCUUUGGACAGAUCAAGAACCUCCUGGGACUGCGCAACAUCCCCCGGCAGUUCUUCCUGCAGGUGUAUUACACCUUCGCCAAGAUCGGGGAGACCAGGGUCGGGGAUGCUGUGCUGGGGCUGGUCUGCAUGGUGCUGCUCCAGGUGCUGACGCUGAUGAAGAACCACAUGCCUCCUGUCUAUCCCGAGCUGCCCCUAGGAGUGCGGCUCAGCCAUGGGCUCAUCUGGACCGCCACGACAGCAAAAAAUGCCCUGGUGGUCUCCUUUGCUGCCCUGGUCGCCUACUCCUUUGAAGUGAAUGGGUACCAUCCCUUUGUUCUGACUGGGGAGAUAGUGGAGGGACUGCCCCGCGUCCAGCUCCCGCCGUUCUCAGUCACCACUGCCAACAGGACAGUCUCCUUCACUGAGAUGGUCCAGGACCUAGGGGCCGGGCUGGCCGUGGUUCCCCUGAUGGGCCUGCUGGAGAGCAUCGCGGUGGCCAAGGCCUUCGCGUCUCAGAAUAACUACCACAUCGACGCCAACCAGGAGCUGAUGGCCAUUGGCCUCACCAACUUGCUGGGCUCCUUUGUGGCCUCUUACCCUGUCACUGGCAGUUUUGGACGGACGGCCGUGAACUCCCAGUCAGGCGUGUGCACGCCAGCAGGCGGGCUGGUGACGGGUGUGCUGGUACUUCUGGCCCUCAACUUCCUGACCGCCCUCUUCUACUACAUCCCCAAGCCGGCCCUGGCCGCCGUGAUCAUCAUGGCCGUGGUCCCGCUCUUCGACACCAAGAUCUUGGGAACGCUCUGGCGAAUCAAGAGGCUGGACCUGCUGCCCCUCUGUGUGACCUUCCUGCUCUGCUUCUGGGAGAUGCAGUACGGCAUCCUGGCAGGUGUGCUGGUGUCUGGGCUCAUCCUCCUGCACGCCACGGCCAGGCCCAGUACCCAGGUGUCUGAGGGGCAGGUGCUUGUCCUGCAGCCGGCCAGUGGCCUGCACUUCCCGGCGGUGGAGACCUUGCGGGCGGCCCUGCUCAGCCGGGCUCUGGAAGUGUCGCUCCCACGCAGUGCCAUCCUGGACUGCACGCAUGUCUGCAGCGUGGACUACACAGUGGUGCUGGGACUGGGUGAGCUGCUGGAGGACUUCCGGCAGCGGGGCGUGGACCUGGCCUUCAUCGGCCUGCAGGCUCCUGUGCUGCGUGUCCUGCGCUCUGCGGACCUGAAGGGCCUCCGUUACUUCUCCACUCUUGAAGAAGCAGAGCAGUACCUAAGGCAGGAACCAGGGCCCCAGCCCUACAACACCAGCGAAGACACAGUUCCAGAAGCCAAGGUGGCCCUGUUGAAGGCUUAG